CCCGGUUGCGGCCGCGCUGAAACGUACGGGCCCGGAAAUGGGAACGAUAAUUCGCCCCGUCGCGAGCUGUCUUGUCCGACUGAAUUCCCGCUUUCCUGUUUUCCGCGAGAUCAAAAGUCGCGAGUUAACUUUUUUGGAAACAUGAAUCUUCCUUCCGAAAGCUUCUUCUCAUAAACGAGCAACAAAAAAAUGUUAUGAUUAAUAAUAAGUGAAACUAGGAUCGAUACGUGAAUAAAUGAUUCGCAGUCAUGAAGGUUCGGACUUGAUAGAAAUACAUUAAUGAUACAUUUUCGUGACUCGUGAGUUUUUAUUUAAAAAAAUCUGAUACUAGAAGACAAUGCAACGUUAUAAAUUUGCAUUGUAUGUUUAAUUGUUCGAAUUGCAUAUUUUUGGUUAAUAAAAGCGUGUAUUGUAGCUAGAUCGCGUUAUUUAUGUGCUAUUUAAUUUGUAUUACCUUUUUAGUACUUUUUCAAAUGUAAUAUUUAAAACUCGGGUGGCUUUUUUAUGGCUGUAUGGUUAACAUUAAUACGCGCGUGUAAUAAAAUAAAUUUAUUUUACAGGGGCGCUAAAAAAUUUUUUGUAAUUUGGAUGUUUUGCAUUCCUGGAAAAUUCGGAAAUUAUCUGGAAAUUUUUUACAAGAUUUGAGUGAACAGUCUGAUUAUAUGAAAACGCGAGCACAUGCGAUUCGAUAAUGCGAUUUCUCGACGUGAAACAAAUCGAUCAAAUAUUCUUUCACGUUCCGUGGUUUCGGUUUGAAUCUCCAAGCGUCAAGUUGGCACGAAUAAUUCAUUGCAAUUUUUCGAUACGUUAAACCGGUGCCACUUGCACGUCGCGGUUGUAAUUUGAAUGUAACACUUGGCGUCAGAAACGCGGCGCGUGAAUUUUUGCCCGUUAUACAUUUACAAGCGGACAGUAAUUCUUCCGCCGAAGUGCGAAAGUUUUUCUUUUUCUUUAUCUCGGAUCCUUUACCGUCAUCCGAACGGAUCCCUUCGUCGUUCCCUUCGUCGCGUCGCUGACGUCGAUUUAGUCGUCGGAUUUCGGCCGACGCGAGAACGGAUAGAAAUAAUUCAGUUGUCGGCGCUUGUCCGCAGACGAAUAGCGGUAAUUCGGUUGUCGGUCUUCCUUCUUGUUCGAGCACGGAAAGAAGCGACGUUAAUUGAACUUCCAUGAAGUUAUUAUCUCCUCCGAGAUACAAACGACGAAUGGAAUGGAAAAUUAAAGUUCCCGCGCAUACAUAAAUCAUUUAUUUUGUCAGCAGACGCGGGUUUUGAAAAUCUCAUUAAAAUGGAUUACGUGCGACGUAAGUCUAUCAUUUUUGUUCCAAUUUAUUUCAAAAUUUUCUAUACGUUACUCUCGCGACAAAUGACAGAUAUAUAUGAAGUGACUGUGUACCGCGGCAACUUUUUUAAAUAAUAAUAAUAAUAAUAAUAUAUGUCUUUUUUGAUAUUUGUCACUCAUUUCAAUUUAGCGCGAACAAGCUUUUAUUUGCAAUUUUUUAUAUAUUUCCUAAUCAGACUUAUAUUUUGUUGUGUAUUUAUCUACACGGAGAAAAUUUUGGAGUAAAAAUUACCAUUGUAAAUAAUAAACGUGAAUUAAAGAAGAAAUUAUAAAAAGUUUUACUGUUUUUCAUCAAAUUACCAUAGUGUUUACACUACUUAUGGUUUAAUUUCUCUGAAAUUUCUUCUUAUUGUCCAUAGCUACUAUUGUACGUAAUCAGUUUUACUAUAAAAUUUUUUCCGUGUAGAAAAAUUCUCUCCCAUGCCGAUAAAUCUUUAUCGCCUUUAUUAUUAAACCAAUAUCGAAUGGGCGAGUUAAACGGAGGUGAGUGCGCGAUACCCCGGCACGAUCUGAAAGACGCUCGCCUAAAAUUUACGAGCCACGUGGCGUACACGUUACGACGCGGACGAGUCAUACUUGGUGUAUCAAUACUCGUACUGGCGUCGGGGCAUGGAACUUUUGUCGACGUUUUAUUAAAUCUGCGAACUCUGCGGAACCGUUAUGCUGCAGGUGCAGCGGAUAUACCUUUCUUUCGUUGUACCGGUCGGCUGUUGCUGCUCGAUGCUUUCAAAGGAAACGUCAGACCUAAGAAGACCUAGAGAAUAAAAACGCGGUACACGAGAGAGGUAUGAAUAUUCUUUAUAGCGAGAGCAAGAAAGUCUGUCGAGCAAUAAAUUAUCUCUUUCGAUAGACUCUUCUAUUAUAUCGUUUAAUCAGUGCCAAAAAAAAAAAAAAAAAAAACAGUCGACACAUUUCUACGUUUAACAAGCAACAGGCUACAUUUCCACACAAAUUUAACUCCAUAUGUAGAGAUAGAGGACGAUAUGGAAUUGUAAUUACAUUUUAAAUAAGUAUCGAGCAAUCGUUAAUAAUAGAUCGUUGAACACCGCGACGCGAAUAAUAAAUAAAUACACGGAAAAAAUAAGUCAGUUGUAACAACUAGAAGAAAUUUUCACAUGGCUUAAUUCAGUUAAAGUAACAUGAAGCUUAUCUGCACUAACUGAAAUGUUUACAUUAACAAAUGCUUUUGGUUGGAAAAACCAAAAAUUUCUGUUAUUAAUGUGCUUACCACAGAAGAUUCAAUUAUCACAGACAAAGUAACUCGGCUAUAGCAAUUAGAAUUUUUAAUUAGUUCAGUUCGGAUGCAGUAACAUAAAGUUUAUUUGCAUUAACUGAAAUACUGUUUUUAUCAACAAAUACUUUCGAUUGGAGGAACUGAAAAUUUCUGUUAUUAAUCUGUCAUUUGAGAUAACCGAGAGAACAAUUGUCUUAGGGACAGAAAUGUCCUACAAAAAUAUUUUUGUUGCUGCAACCGAAUUUUUGUCUGCUUCCCAGGGAACAGAAAAUUUCGGUUGUAAGACCGAUAAAACUACCGCCGUUUACGACUUCGCUAAUCAGUAACAUCGCCAGAACGGGCGAUCGUUUAAUGUCAACGUUUCCCUAAACCUUAGCCGGAUACGGAAUGAUUUAUCGGUCGUGUAUCGGGAAAAGUAUCGCUUCCUUUUGUCGUCGUUGAGGGCUGCAUCGUUUCCGAACGGGAAAAGUUUCGGCCGACGAAAGACGGCGAGUGUCAUUAGCCGAUAAAUGAAGGUAGUAAAUAAUUUCCCGCGGACCAUCUCCGUCCGGAAAAAGAUUUCUUUCGUCGGAAACUUCGCCUCCGUCUUCCGGACUUCCUACCUUAAGGGGUUAUAUACACUUAGAAACUUUCAAAAAAUCGAUUUUUGGGUUUUUACAUUUUCUUUAAGUAUAACAUCUUGAAAAUAUUCCCUGAAAGUUUCAAGUUAAUCUGAAUAAAAUUGACGAAGUUAUACGCGUUCAAAGGAUGCUCCGUUCGACCGUUAGCAGGUAUAGCGUAGCGCGGGAUAGAGAUCCUUUCACACGCGCACAUGUACACUGUUCUUACUUGUGUGAAUCUCUUCUAAAAACCUGUUUCUUUGUAUUGUUAUUUCCCCUUCUUCGUGUCCUUAUGCUAUAACCUUAGUAUAACGGUUGGCAUCGAGCUGUACGGUCGAACGUUCAUAUAUAAAAUCGUGCUUAAAACCGUAUCUCCGUUUUGGAAUUCACUAUGGAUAAAUCUAAGGGUUCCAGAGAGUUACGAAAGACAGAAAAUGUUCGAAAAUCGAGAACAAAAAAAAGAAAACAAUAUUUUAAUCCAAAAACUGUUGAGACCGACGAAAGUAGUUUUAGUACCUUUGCGAAAAAAAUAAAGAUUCAAGAAGAUAUUAUUGUGCCACAAGAUAAUUCUAUAGAAUAUAGAAUUUUGAACUUUAUCACUGUAUUUGCUGCAAUUUCAAAUUUUGUUAAAUGCAAAGUAUGUAAUGGUGAUAUUAAAUUUCAAGCAGCAAAUAUGCGUGGACUUGGUUUUAAUAUUAUAGUGAUAUGCGAAACGUGUGCGCCUCAAUCAAUUCCUUCGUGCCCUUAUAUUGGACGCUCAUAUGAAAUAAACAGGCGUUUUAUUUUUACUAUGAGAGUGCUAGGACUUGGUCUAAAAAGUUGUCAAAAGUUUUGCGGACUAAUGGACAUGCCAUAUUUUAUUUUUCAAACGUCUUAUGACAUUACUAUAAAUAAUAUACUCAACUGUGUUAAAGAAGUUUCCGAUAAACUUUUUAAAAAUGCUGUGAAUGAAGAGAAAAAAGAAGCAUGUAAAGAAAGAAACAUAGAAGAAACGAACGAAUUAACUGUAUCAGGUGACGGGACUUGGAAAAAACGUGGUUUUACAUCACUGUAUGGAGUUUCAUCGAUUAUCGGGUAUUAUAGUGGAAAAAUACUUGAUAUUCUCGUAAAAAGUUCAUAUUGUAAAGCCUGCGAGUAUUGGAACAAGAAACAAGAUACAGAUGAAUACGCAGAAUGGUUUGAAACACAUAGUAACAACUGUUUAGCAAAUCACGAAGGAUCAUCUGGGAAGAUGGAAGUUGACGCUAUCGUUGAAAUGUUUAAACGUUCACAGAAUAAGUAUGGUGUUAAAUACAUUAAUUAUAUUGGUGAUGGCGACUCGAAGACUUAUAAUGGUAUUAUAAAAUCUAGUCCUUACGGUGAUGAUACUUCCAUUAUAAAGAAGGAAUGUAUAGGCCAUGUACAAAAAAGAAUGGGGCAUCGAUUACGUGAAUGUAAAAAGAAAAAUAAAAACCUCGGAGGAAAAAAUAAACUGACUGGCAAAAUGAUCGAUAAGUUAACAGUUUACUAUGGUUUAGCGAUACGACGAAAUUGUGAUUCAACAAAUAAAAUGAGAGAUGCGAUAUGGGCCACAUAUUAUCACUACAGUUCAACAGAUGAACAUCCGCAACACAGCAAAUGCCCGACCGGAGUUGACUCGUGGUGCGCGUGGCAGUGCGCUUCCGCAAAGGGUGAACUUGCCUCUUUCAAACACGAUUACAACGCUUUACCUAAAGAUGUUUUGGAUGCUAUAGAACCAAUAUACAAGGAUCUUAGUAAACAAGAAUUACUAGAAAGAUGCGUCGGCGGUUUUAAUCAAAAUAACAAUGAAAGUUAUAAUCAACUAAUAUGGAAAAUCAGUCCAAAAAUUAUACCUAGUGGAUUAAAACCUAUCGAACUUGCGGCAUACACCUCUGCCUGCAUAUUUAAUGAAGGUUCCAAAACAUUAUUGCAAAUGUUUGAAGCCAUGGGAGUUCACAGUGGCCCAAAUGCGCAUCAAUAUGUUAUUACAGAAGAUGCAAAUCGAAUGAGAAUAGCAGACGACCGUGCGCUGCAGAGUACUCGAGAAGCAAGAAUGCUUCGUCGCCAGCAGCAACUUGAUAUUUUGGAGGCUUCAACUUCGGGCGAAAACUUAUUAUAUGGGCCUGGAAUAGAUGACUUUGUAUGAUCCAAAUCCGAACUACAGUGGUCACCGCAAAACCAAUUUUUAAAACGGAGGUUGAGAAAAAUAAUAAUAUCUCUUUUAUUUAUUAAUAUUUUUUAAUAAAAAAAAUAUGUAAAACUUUUAAAAAUAUAUCCUUUUAAAUGUACAAAAA